AUGACCGCAAGAACAGCAACACAAGAGCCUUUCUGGUUGUUCGAGAAAGCAGUCCUCGCACAUGCACCCGAAUUCGAUGUGGCAUGCGUUGCUCGACUGCGUAUAGCUCAUGACCAAACCGGCGACCAAGGAUCUAUUUCGAUACGGUUCAACGCAGCUCUCACUGAGCUUGGGAAGCAGACUCUCAUGCUGAAUAUCCGUCCUGAGGAGGUUGAUACGUGUACGGUAGUCGCUAAAAGCAAUAACCAGCUUAUACCAGAUCGCAUGUUUUCCAUGGUGCCCGUUUCUGUGACCAAUCCAGCCGCUGUUUCGACGCUCAUACUAUGCAUCAAUACCACAGGUGUCGUCCUCGUACCACCAUCAGCCGACGGCACGACUCUGAGUCCAGCCGUCCCAACCGACGCCAAUUUUCAAGCCUUUGCAAAGCUCUGUCAGAGCAAGACUAUACACUUGCAUCUGGCCAAGCAACAGUUCAAGGAUGGCGAUUUACAACAACUCCGCACCUUCUCCGGUGCGGUGCGUGCUCGCAUGCUCAAAGCACAGCCUCUUGACUACAAACGCCUCAACGCAGGACAUGGAGCAAUAGAAAGAGAUUGGCGUGUUUUCGAGCAAGUGACCAAUCCUCCGCCUUACUGCGAACCCCCAUCAACACAAAGUGUGCUUGGGAAACAUCCUCGAGACGACACGCCUUCUGAAGCACACUCGGCAUCACCCACCGUAUGCUCUCCCCCACCGCCCCCUUGGUCUCCCACCGAGGUCAACACCCCAACCACUCGCUCGCCAUCACCUGCACAUAUCUCACCUACAAAAUUUACGGCCGAUUCAAAACAAAGUCAUAGAGAGCGUGUCAAGAUGGUGGAAUUACAACGGCAGCUGAGUGCUCUGCCUGACGACUUGGUGCGCGAAGCUCUCGCGGGAUCAGGACACCGACAUUUGCUUGCUCCGAUAGCACAAAGAAGCCCCAAGAAGUUUUCGAAAGACAUGAAGUUGGUCCUUGACCAAGACCAUCUGUCGUCGGCCCCUUCAGACGCUCAAGAGGCUGCCAUGAUCGCCCGAGUUGACAAAAUCAUCGAAGAGCGCUUGGACAAAUUGACCAAAGACGCCUUUAAAUCACUUACUCAGCGGCGCCUGCACGCUCUCGUAGAGUCACGAUUGCCAGUCGCUGCUGAACUGUUCCUCAACGGUGCAGUAGCAGAUCACCGCGACCAAUUCUACGAAGAAUGCAAGACAAACGAAGUCAAUCUGCGUGAGCACGUCGACGAAGGCAUUACUGAGGUACGCGAUGUGACUAACGAAUGCACGAGAGAGAUUUCGGAGUUAGCUCAGCAAUGUAUGGAUAGUUUAGAUGAGCAUAGCAAGAGGCUCGAUGCUUCGGCCGAGCAGGAGUUGUCAAAGCUGAAGCGUUGGUUCGCUGAGCUGGCUCAGUCUUUCUUUGACAAGAAGCCCUUGGUCGAAUCUACACCGCUGGCCACGACGAGACGCAUCUCCAUGUAG